AAAUAACCCAGAACCUUCCCAGAUUCAACCUAUUCUUCUAGAACCUCAGGAGAAAAAACUACAAUUUGCAGAUUAUUUUAUACGGAGAUUAUCAAAUUUCCUUCAUCAAAAGGCAAUGCUUUUUUUACAAGAGAGAAUAAAACAUCAUUAUACCACCCAAGAUUCUACUUUCUAAGAAGGAACUCCCAAGACAGCUUCGGAAAUCUCCCACACUCUGGCUAAGUCUUCAAAAGAACGAGAAUGAAUGGACUGAGACGGAGGAGAUGCUAAAGAAAGGAUCAAAGCUGCAGAGAGGCCAGGAUACUGACAAGAUGUGGAGAGCCAGAGAAAGUCAACAGUACUUUGAGUAGUUUGCCCUUCGGUCAAGUCUGAAAUCCUCUUGGAACUUGAACAACUGUGGGAAGUGAACUGUCUACCAGUAGCCAGCCUCAUCCCUCUACCUUUGCUUCCUGCCCCAGACUUCCAGUGGUUUCCUACAUUUAAAAAUAAGGAGGAAGGAGUGAAACAUCUUUGAAGAUACAUCUUUGAAAUGGCUGAUCCAAUCCCAAAGGUUGAUGACUGGACCAAAGAAUAUGUGAAACAAUGGGUAACAGAAGAACUUCGGAUUGAUGAAAGAUAUGGAGAAAUCCUACUUUCUCAAGAAGUGACAGGCUUAGUAUUAAACAUUUUAACUGAGAAGGAUCUUAUAGAUAUGGGCAUACCAAAUGGUCCAGCUCUUUUGAUAAUGCGCACUUAUAAAAAGUUGAGGAACAUUUCACCAGAAAAACCCGUUCAGGCAUCUGGAACACAAGAGAGAUUGAAAACCCCUGGAAAGGGAAAGGGAACAAAAGUAAAACUUGAAACAGAAAAUACAGAUGAGGUUAUUUCAAUCAUUAAUUCUCAAGAAUCAAAGCUCAGUAGAAAAAAUAUGUUAGAUGAUGCAGAAGGCACAAAGAAAAAAACAAACCCCAAGGUAGAACCAAAAAGAUUGUUUUGCAUGCCAUAUCCUUUUGACAGCUUUCAUGACAGCUGUCGUUAUAUACAGCAUUAUAUUUUACAGCCAGAAACAGGACCACUAAAUCUCAUUGAUCCAGUCCAUGAGUUCAAGGCAUUGAUUAAUACUGAGACAGCAACUGAGGAAGACAUCAAAAUGAAAUUUAGCAAUGAAGUCUUUAGAUUUGCUUCAGCCUGCAUGAAUUCCCGUACCAAUGGCACUAUCCAUUUUGGUGUCAAAGACAAACCACAUGGAGAAAUUAUUGGUAUGAGAAUUACCAACAAAGAUGCUUUUGUUGACCAUUUUAAUAAGAUGCUCAGACACUAUUUUGAUGAUAAUCACGUCAAUAAAGCACGCAAAUGUAUUAGAGAACCCAGGUUUGUAGAAGUCUUAUUGCAGGACAAUACUUCAUCUGAUAGAUGUGUUAUUGAAGUUGAUGUCAUCCCUCUGUAUUCCAUAUGUAAAGAAUUUUAUUUCUCCAUCAAGCAGCAAGUGUUGAAAGAUGGAAAGUGGAAACUAAAUGAUGAGUAUGGACUUUUUGUGAGGGAAGGAGCCAGCACUAAAGAUAUCCUUGCUAACGUCAGGCAAAAUGAUGCAAAAUAUAAAAUGUUUUUACUUGAAUUGCAAACACUGGCAAGUUCCAGAAAAUCUGCUGAAGAAGAACAUGUAACAAAAAGGAAGAUGAAGGAAAUUGAAGGACCAAAGCUGGUGAAAUUGCUCACAGGAGACCAAGACUUGUUGGACAAUUCCUACUAUGGCUGGUACAUUCUGGUGGCCAGCAAGUGCCAUCCAAAUCAAACAAAGCACCUGGACUUUCUAAAAGAAAUUAAAUGGUUUGCUGUGUUGGAUUUUGAUCCUGAGUCUGCAGACAAUGGAUUGGCAAAGUCUUACCGGGAGACCCGAGCUGCAAACCUUCACUUUCCACACCAGUAUGAUGACAAAACUAUCCAAACUCCUGAUAAGUUGAAUCUUUAUCAACAGCCCAGCUGGAUCUUUUGCAAUGGUAGAACAGACCUGGAAAGUCCGGAAGACAAACCUUUAGAAUCAUGUUUAUGGCAAAGAGAAAGAGCUUCUGGAGUCAGAAAACUCAUUUCGUUUCUUACACAUGAAAAUGUAAUGCCGAAAGGGAAGUUCUUGGUGAUAUUUCUGUUACUCUCUCCAGUGGAAGAUCCAAGAGAUCCCCUCAUUGAAACUUUCUGUGCCUUCUACCAAGAUCUGAAGGGAAUGGAAAACAUAUUAUGUAUUUGCAUCAGUUCACAGAUAUGCCAGCGAUGGAAAAGUCUUCUACAAGCCAGACUGACAGUGGGCGAUGAACUCUCAAACCAAUGUAUUUCUACCUUAAGCCUUGAAAAAAUAAAUGGUACAAUUCUUAAAUUAAAAUCAAGGAUUCGUUCUUCACAAAGGUUUUUGCCAUCAACUGGUUCAUCUACUGUUCUUCUGAAAAGGGAAGAAGAUUUCAUGAGUGCUCUAGAAAUCCUCUGUGAAAAUGAAUGUAAAGACACAGAAUUAGAAAAGAAUAAAGACAAGUUCUGUGAAUUCAUGAAGUCUCAAGAGAAAGAUUUUUAUCGAGGUGGUAAAGUUUCUUGGUGGAACUUCUACUUUUCCUCUGAAAAUUAUUCUUCGGCUUUUAUCAAAAGGGAUUGUUAUGGGAAACUUAAAGAGAUGAUUCUGCACUGGGCAGAUGCCCCUAAACAAAUAUGUGCCAAAAUUAUUAAUCUUUAUCACCAUCCAGGCUGUGGGGGGACUACACUGGCCAUGCAUGUUCUCUGGGAACUAAAGAAAACAUUCCGGUGUGCUGUGUUGAAAAAUAAAGCAGCUGAAUUUCCAGAAAUUGGAGAACAGGUAACCAGCUUAAUCACAUAUGGUUCAAAUGGCCAUCAGGAUUAUUUACCUGUCCUGCUUCUUGUGGAUGAUUUUGAGGAACAAGAAAAUGUCUAUGUGCUACAGAAUUCUAUACAGGCAGCUGUAGCAGAAAAGGGUAUUCAAUAUGAAAAACCUCUAGUGAUCAUCCUAAACUGUAUGAGGUCUCAGAAUCCCCAAAAAAGUGCAAAACACCCAGACAGUAUUUCUCUGAUACAUCAACUUUCUCUCAAAGAGCAAAGAGCUUUUGAGAUCAAGCUGAAAGAAAUUGAAAAGCAAUACCAGAACUUCGAAGACUUUUAUUCUUUCAUGAUCAUGAAAAGUAAUUUUGAUGAAAAAUACAUAGAAAAUGUUGUCAGGAACAUCCUGAAAGGGCUUAAAAUACCUAGCAGGGAAGCACAACUCAUUUCCUUUCUGGCUUUACUGAACUCUUAUGUUACUAAUUCCAUCAUCUCAGUAUCCCAAUGUGAGGAAUUCUUGGGAAUUUCAAGCAAAAGGGCUUACUGGGGAACUGAAUGUCUCGAAGACAAGAUGCAAACCUGUUCCAUGAUUCUGAUUCAAACAGAAGUGGAGGACAGAGGGAGAUACAAAGGCGUAAGGAUUAUCCAUCCUCUGAUCGCCAAUCACUGUUUAGUAGAAUUGAAAACCACUUAUCGUUUGACUAAAAGUCACAUCACAAUGCAACUGUUACAAACGAGUUUGUUUUAUGAUGUUGGACUAGGAAGAGAUAAACUUUCCCAAGAUGUGGAAACCUUGUUGCUUACCAGGCAGCGCAGGGAGCAUGGGGAUGAGACAGAUACUUUGUUUUCCCCAUUGAUUGAAGCAAUACAACAGGAAGAGGGGAACCGGGAAGUUGAAACUGUCUUGAAGGAAGGAACUAUCCGGUUCCCCCAGAAUGCAUUCAUUUGUCAAGCCCUAGCAAGACAUUUCUACAUUAAGGAGAAGAACUUUCCUAAUGCUCUGAAGUGGGCAGAGAAGGCAAAAACAUUUGCACCCGACAAUUCCUAUAUCUCAGAUACAAUAGGCCAAGUCUACAAAAGUAAGAUAAAAUGGUGGUUGGAAGAAAAUGAAAGAAAGAAAAUCAUUACUGCUCCUGAUCUAAGAAGUCUCUUGGAAACUGCUAAAGGAGCCUCCGAAGCCUUCAAAUUGUCUCAGGAGCAAACUAAAGCAAAAGACAAUUAUAGAGAGGAUUUGGAAAGUCAAAGAACGAAAAGGAGAUAUGAUUCAUACAAUACAGCAGGCUAUCGAGGAGAGAUUGAAGUAUGUCUUUACACAAUCCAGAUUUUACAGCUCAUUUCUUUUUUCAGCAAAGAAGAUAAAAUGUGUAGCAAAUAUAUGGCACAAUUUUUAUCUGGGAGCAGUGGUAUUCCUGGGGAUCCAAAUGAUGAAUAUCACUCAGUCCUCAAGGAGUUCAUUCCUUAUCUGAGUAACUUGCAAUUAGCGUUGAAACAAGCCUUUGACUUUUUUGAUGACUACUUUGUCCUUCUGAAAUCCAAGACCAUCAUUAAAGAAAAGGAAGAGCUAAAACUUUGGAGAAAGAUGGCUCAAUAUUUCAAUAAGUAUGCAGAAGUAUUUGGUCCCGUAGAUCUGCAGCAAUCUCAGGACAAAAAAUCCAAAUCAAAAUUUGUUUUGCCAAUUCAGAUAGAGAACUGUAGGAGAAGCCUGGAGAUUUUAAAAGCAGACAAGUUCUCUGGAUUACUAGAAUAUCUUCUAACCAAUCAUGAAAGUGCUGCCAACAAAAUGGAAGAAAUCAUAAAUAAAUAUACUUAUCUCCUUGAACAGUUGACCAGCAAAGUCUAUUUGAGAGAAAAACAGAAUUUCAUUCUGGCCAACAUUGUUCUCAGUUGUAUAAAACCAGCUUGUAGACUGGUGCAGCCCCUUCCCAAAUUGAAGGAACAGCUCCGAGAAGUCCUGCAGCAAGUAGGUUUGGAUCACAAAUUCUUAGAACCUUACUUCCUUGCCUCACUUUUGUUCUGGCCAGAAAACCAACAACUUGAUUCAGAUUCAAGACAAAUGGAAAAGUAUGUCUUAUCUCUAAACAGAUGCUUCAGGUACCAGUACAAAUACAUGUGUCAGUUCAAGCAGCCAAUUGCACAUUUUUACCUUGGAAAAAGGAAUGGCCUCAACAGACUGGUGCGCAAAGUCACAAUCGAGCAGUGUUUUGGAAAGGGGGUGUCGGACAUGAAUGUUCUGUGGCAGAGUGGAGAUGUAUGGAAGGAAGAAAAAGUAGAGAAACUUUUACAACGAUUAAAGGGUCGAACUGAUGGUGAACUCAUCUAUGUAGACUAUGGAAAAGAUGAAAAGAUCAAGAUCCCAGUGAGACCUGUUUUCUUAGGUCAGCUACGGAGUGGCAGAAGUAUAGAAAGAGUAUCUUUCUACCUGGGAUUUUCCAUUAGAGGUCCACUUGCAUAUGACAUAGAGAUCAUUUAAGAUCUUAAAGGAUUCCCAUUGAUUGGGGAAUGGCUGAACAAAUUGUGGUAUAUGUUGGUGAUGGAAUGCUAUUGUGCUAAAAGGAAUAAUGAUCUCAAGGAUUUCUAUGUGAACUGUAAUGACCUCCAGGAAUUGAAGCAGAGUGAAAGGAGCAGAACCAGGAGACAUUGUACACAGAGACUGAUACACUAUGGUACAAUCAAAUGUAAUGGAUUCCUCUCCUAGCAACAAAACAAUGACCCAGGACAAUUCUGAGGGACUUAUAAGAAAGAAUGCUAUCCACAUCCAGAGAAAGAACUGUGGGACCCAAAAUGCAAAAGAAAAAUAUAUGAUUGAUCACAUGGUUCGAUGGGGAUAGGAUUGGGGUUUUGGCAUUAAAAGAUCACUCUAUUGCAAAUAUGAAUGACAGGGAAUUAGGUUUUGAACAAUGAUACAUGUAUAACCCAGUGGAAUUGUUUGUCAGCUCCAGGAGUGGGGAGGAAAUGAACAUGAAUCGUGUAAUCAUGGGAAAAUAUUUUAAAUAAAUAAAUUUUAAAAAAUUAAAAAA